UCCGAUUGUACUUAAAGCGAAUGAGCCAUUUGCGAUCGUAGUCUUUGUCAUUUCACAUCUCUUGCAACGCCUGGCAAUUGUCAUUUAAUAUUUUAGUAUGUAAACAGCUACACUGGGCAAAGAAUACAUUCUAGAUAUUAUCGCUUGGCGCCGCUUUCCAGAACAUACAAACGUUUACACGAUGUCUCUUCGCUAUGUAAACCAGACGGUCGCUCUUUCGGACGUGGAACUUGGCGUUAUGAUUUCGAUCAAUAUUCUCUUCAGCUUCACCGGAACGGUCGGAAAUCUCGCCGUAUGCUUCGCGUUUAUCCUCUGUCGGAACCUGCGUAACACCAUGAAUAUCUUCAUCUUUAGUCUGGCCUGCUCUGAUCUGCUGGUUUGUCUCGUUGCGCAGCCAAUGUUUAUCACCAGACUGUUUCGGAACCCUCAAGCAGAUCACGUCACAACGAUAUCCGAGGAUAUUCGAAGUCGUCUCACUUGGAUAUCGCUGCUGGCCUCGAUCGGUAAUCUUCUCGGUGUAACAAUGGAUCGUUACUUCAUCAUAGCCGAUCCUUUGAGAUACGCAGCACGUGUAACCACGAACACAGCGUGCGUUUUUGUGGCCGUCGUAUGGACUUUUGCCACCACGCUUGGAGCAUUGACGCUGUACAACCGAAAUGCUAGAUAUAUCGGCCAGAUAUACGUGGUUGUUCUGCUAGCGGGCAUGAUUAUCCCUCUCUAUUGUCGCAUAUUAUGUAUUGCCCGAAGACACGCUCGAUUAAUACACUCUUUCUACAAUCGUGUACAGACCAGUCACUCAGACAAGACCAACACACUCGCUCCAAGAACUCGGCGUCCGAGCGUCCAAAAAGCCGACAGAAACAGUCUGAAAACUGUGGGCAUCAUCUCUUCCAUCUUCGUCAUUGGAUGGUUUCCACUGCUGAUCUUACCUUUCAUCUACAGGGCCGAAGGAAACGACAAGAGCGCAAUCCUAAACGCGUUUCAAUGGGCGAACACGCUCGCUCUGUGUUCCUCGGCUUGCAAUCCUAUUGUUUAUUCGUGGCGGGACAGGCGGUUCCGGAAAGUUUUGACGGUUAACUACGAGAAAUGGAAGGCCAGACGGUCGGUUUCUGGGCCUUUUACAACCGGGAUGAACUCAGAGAAAGUAGAAAUGAAAACAUGCGUGCGAACUGUGACUCAACCGACUUAAAGAAAAUCCAAUUCUUAUCCGCACCAAUUCAAUGACCUUGACGCAGUCGAAUAUAUGACAACCGUCGAUUGUAUAUAUUCUUGCUCGCGAGUUCUCAUCAGAUAAUUCGGAUCGUAAACGAUAGUAAACACCUGGUUGUUCUCGAGGACAUUAUUCUAUAUCCUUUCCGAUCUAUGAGCACCUACCAUCGCUUGCAAAUGUAGAUAUGCAGACCACUAGUGCAGUGCAUCGAGACGCCACGAGUAUACUUUGGUCAAGGAUCUGCUCGAAGUGAAAGUUAUUCUUUUGUAUCAGCCGAGAAAGGUCGUAUAAUCUCCCUCUCAUCGCGUGUAUGAGACUCGCAUGUUCUGGUUUACAGAUCGGAACUGAGAAAGCGGUGUUAUAUCGUCUUAUGGACAGGCAUCGUGUAAAGUUUCCUUAGACCUUAGUGAAAACAUAUUUGUAUCAUACGUUGUAAAUAAAAGUCACGGUAUCUUUCUGGCAACGAGUAUAUCCUGCGGAAACUUCCAGUGAAAUGCUUGUAAUUUUAUUCAAUAUCUACAUGUAUAUAUAAAAUUCUGAUAUAUCAAUAAUCAA